UUGGCGGGCUCCGCCUCUCCAGCGUCCAAUCGGUAGCUCGAGUGGUCGCCAUGGCGACGGUGGACGCCGCGCGGCCCAGGCGGCAGCCAUGGCUGCCUACGGCCCCGGGGUGCGCAUCGGCCGCUGGGCUGAGGCCGCGCGUUUGGAGGAGGACCGCCUAAGGGAUUUUGUGCAUAAAAGAGAACGAGGAGAACUUUUAACACAGAAAAUAAACAAACUUCAAGAUAAUCUUUUCAAGAAGAUACAGCUGUCGGUAUCUAAGGAUGGAUUUGUUCAUUUUGGAGACACUGUUAUGCUUUUGAACCCAGACAGCAAAUCCGCGGUGGAAAAUUGCCCUGGAGCGUGUGGUGCUCUGACUUUGGCAAUUAGCCUGGAUGAAAUAUCCGCGUAUUUGGCCGAAUCACUGCAAGCCCCCCGUGGAGUUAGCGCAGUCAAGAGCGUGGACCCAAUGGGUCAAAAUACUUUUUGUAUUUUAAGUGUUGAUGGAAGUGCAGUGGGUGAACCGAUUAGAUUUGGACAAAACUUUCGUCUUGGGACAACAGGAGGGUUUUCUGACCAAAUGUUAUAUCUAGCGAGUGACCAUAAAUCAUUUAUAAGAUUUGCUAAAAAAUCUUACCUUCAGCAAGUUUUUUUGACAGAUGAGCUUUCCUAUUUGACUUGCUGGCAAGCUGCCUUCUUGGAUCCUCAGCUGCGUCUUGAAUAUGAAGGAUUUCCAGUUCCUGCAAACUCUAAAAUUAUCAUUAGUCAUUGCCAUACUAAUCGGAGCCUAGCUGUUCCAAGGAACUUUUGGACAACGUCUUAUUUUGGAAAAGAAUAUGAAGUGAUUUGUCACACUUACCUGGACUCCCAUAAAGCUGAAGAAGAUAAGAAUUACUGGGAAAUAGUUACAGGAAAUCCCAGCAAUGAAGACAGUACAAUGACUGACAGACCGAACCCUCACCCAAGGGGCAUCAGAAGGAAUGAGUUUCAUGAAGAGACAUAGAAUAUAAAAAUCCCGGACUAUAGCCGAUACAGGUGGAUGAGAUUCUGAUUCUUGUUUUUUCCUGUUCAGAUUUUAGUUUUAGAGAUGGAAAUGCAAGUCUACCCUUAGUAAUACUGCAUAAUCUUAUUAAGUCAUCAAAGGCAAAAACUAAUAGAAUUU